UCAAGAGGAAAAGAUCGAAGAGUAGGCGAUUGUUGUUACUGGGCAACACCAACACAGCACAAAAAAUGGACACUGUGUUGGAUCCAUUCACAGGCUUAGACUCAUUCUCCUCCUCUUAUUUCGACGACGAUGACUUCUUUACGGACCACUCUUCGAGAGACCACUUGGACACAGACGACUUUCUGGACGAGGAUGUCGACUUCCUUACCAACCAAAUCCAAGAAUAUUACAAGGACAGUCGGAUAUCACAGGACGGAGACUAUUGUGACGUUGGCAACUUCUCCUUUUCCUCGUCAUCUUCGACUUUUUCUUACGGUUGCGCGGACAGCACCUCGGAGCUGUCCCCUCACAGAGACGGAGGCUUACUGAAGAGGCGGAGGCGCAUGAGGUCCGAUGUGGAGAUGCAACAGUUGCGUCAAGCUGCCAACGUCCGGGAACGACGAAGGAUGCAGUCAAUUAACGAUGCUUUCGAGGGACUGCGAUCUCACAUCCCAACUCUACCAUACGAGAAGAGACUUUCAAAAGUUGACACUUUACGCCUGGCAAUCGGCUACAUUAACUUUCUUGCGGAACUCGUGCAGUCGGACAUGCCAAUCCGGAACCCACACAGUGACGCUUUAAACCAACCGAAAAAAGUCAUCAUUUGCCACCGAGGAACAAGAUCCCCAUCUCCAAAUGAUCCAGACUACGGGUUGCCUCCUCUCGCAGGACACUCUCUUUCAUGGACUGACGAGAAGCAGUUAAAAGACCAGAAUAUCAUUAGGACAGCGAAAGUCUGGACACCAGAGGACCCACGAAAGUUGCACUUGAAAUCAUCCAUAAACAAUAUUGAGAAUGAACCCCCCUUUAAUUUCAUUUCCUAAGGCAAUGUUGCUGUUAGUAUUCCGUAUAUACACAUUGUGUACAACUGAAUUGUAUGGAUAUAUCCAUGUUUUGUAAUAUAUUAUUGUGACUAUCUGUGUUUCAGCCUUUUAGUCUGAAUUGAAGAUAAGGCCACUGGCAAUCAUGUUUGUGUCGUAUUUAAUUGUUUUAAUUGUGCUGUAAUAUAUUUUUUUCUAAUUUAAUACGGAUUUUAUGUCAAACAAAAACUAUUUUUAUACAAACGAAACACGAAAAUUGUCUAUAUUUAUACUGA